GACCCAUUACACGCGUCCGUGCGCGACAGCUUCCUACCAUGUCCUUAAUCUUUACCAUAUUCACCCUUGUAUUUUUAACUGAGCUCAUCUCAUGGAUAGGCAAGUCCGUCCUGCUUGAGCUGGUGUACGCACUGUACUUGCGACUGUUCUAUUCCUCAAAAAUUGCGCAGCAGAAGAAGCUGAAAACUGAAAUCCUUGUGAACAAGAAGGAGCUCCUACAAACGAGUGCGCAGGAUCAGUUCGCAAAGUGGGCGAAGCUGAGGAGGGGCGUGGACAAGGGGUUGGCUGAGUUGGAGAAGCUCAAUGGGGAGCUUUCAUCUAGCAAGACAUCCUUCUCGCUGAAGUUCAACACCAUUGUCUGGGUUCUGACAGCAGGCCUCCAAUUCUUCGUGGGCUGGUGGUACCGCAAAGCUGCUGUCUUCUAUCUGCCACCUGGGUGGUUCGGCCCCUUGACUUGGUGGCUCUCGUUCCCCUUCGCUCCCGCAGGUUCCGUGAGUUGCGGAGUAUGGCAGAUGGCGUGUCGCAGAGUGAUCAAGGUCGGAGAACGUGUUGUGAAGAAUCUGGCUUCAGUGUCUGCGGAGCCGACGGCCGUCCCUGUACCAACACAGGAGAAGGAGUCAACAUCUAACAAGAAGACUUCAUGAUAGUCCGACCCCAUGUAUUACCUUUACGCGGGCUCUUGUAUUGACAUGUCAAUUUUUACUGUGCCGUCCUAGUUCCCUCAGCGGAGGAAGUAUCUGCAAGAAACCGACAAACUCGAGCACUUCUGCUGACGUUCCUCUUCCCAUGCAGAUUGCGCGUGAACGUGGAAAGCCGCGCAAGAUCAAGCCUGUCGAUACCGCCGGGCUUCGAUAGUGACCGUACAUUGCCUGGUCUGAAUUCCGAGUUCCGGAAAU